UCAUUUCCCGUUUCCCCUGCCCUCCCAUUCCUACAUCCGGAGUAUAUAUAUAUCUGCAGCCCGGCAGAGCUGUGAGUAAUCGCUCUGGCAGAAACGGCUAUUGCUCGGCUCUGCUUUUCCCAGCCCUGAGCUCUGGACAGGCCGGACAUGGGCCCGUCUGCGGAGGAGGAGGAGGAGGGUCCCGCCAGCCACAAAGAUGGAGAAUGGCCUGAAGCAGCAAAGGCUGAACCAUUAGCAAGAGGCGCUGCCUUAAAAUGGGCCUCGGGAGUGUUUUGCAGAGUGGGCAAACUGGAGGGCCUUGCACAGUAUUGGGUCCGGGAAACACAGCGCAACAAUUCCAUCCAAUCCCGCAUCAAGUCAACUCUCCAGUCGUACUUGGAUGGGGUGAGCAUGGGCUUGGAGCAGUUACAUUCUGCCAUCACAGACCUCCAGCAUGUGCAGGAAGAGCUGGGCAGCAUACAACAAGACUUGGCGUCCAGCACCAUCUCUUUCCAGAAUCUGCAGAGGAUCCAGGAAGUGAUGGUGGAACACGUACAGCUGGGUUCUGUGGUCCAGAGAUUGCCCAGGCUUUUCUCAGUACCUCGACUUUUUUCGGAGUCCCUGGAUCUUCUCCGGAGUGAGCAUCUCCUGGAGGCCCAUGCCAGGCUCAUGGAGCUGGAGAGUUUACAAGGAGACAUCCUCUUCCAGCUGCAUAACUGCAACCUGCUCAGCCCUGUACACCUGGCCAGUGUACAGUCCUACUUUGGGCGCCUGUCGGAACUGAAUGAUGCUCUGGCCCAGCAUUUGUGGCACAUUGUGGGUCAGGGCACGAAGCUGGUGACUGAAGACCCUGCUGUCUUUGUAUCUGCUCUGAGGAUAAUUGAACGAGAAGAGGGCAUUGAUGCUGCCCUGCUCCAAACAGCCCAGCCUCCUGGUUUCCUUCCACCCGGGCGCCCAAAGUGCUGGAGACAGAAGUUCUUCCAGGUGAUUCAGGACUCGAUUGUGGCUGCACACUUCAAGGCCGUGCCAAGCAGCAUCCAAGACCACCACCUCACUAGGGAAUACUUGGCCUCCUUGCAGAGCAGCAUCCUGGCAGAGCUGCACAUCGUGAAGGAUCUGAUGGUCCAGUGCUGCCCUCCUCAUUAUAACAUCUUCAUGACCUUUGUUACCAUGUAUCACCAAAGCCUUGCCAACCAACUUCAUCACCUCCUUACUUGGGAUCUGGACAAGCAGGAGAUCUUUGCUCUUCUCCACUGGGUUCUCCAUGUGUAUCCAAGCUCAGAAAUGAUGGCUCACCCAGAGCUUCUCCCUGAAGCAGACACCUCAGUGUUGGGCCCUUUACUUCCUUUGGAUAGAAUAGAAUAUUUGGAGGACACUUACCUGGAGAAAGUACAGGCCAGUAUUUCUGAAUGGAUGCAGAAAACCCUGGCUCUGGAGUUUAAAGAGUGGUUCAGUGAAGAGGAACCGGAAUGCGACUAUCAAGGCUGCUUCCAGACCAGUCUACCAAAUAUUAUCAUGAAGAUGUUGGAUGAAAACAUCCAGAUAGCAUCCCUUAUCUCUGACACUCUCCGGGAGAAGAUGUGCAAGAUGACUCUGGGAGAACUGGAGAGCUUUUUGGGCAGCUUGUAUGAGGACCUGGUGGAAUUUGCCACGAAACAUGAACAAGAGCCCAAGGCAUCCAAACGCUAUACUCAAUACUUGCUGUCAGCCCUCAACAACUGUCUGGCUCUCAGCGCUUCCCUCUCAAGCCUGCCUUCAGGUGGGGGGUCCCCCACGGAGCCUCCGAAGGUGCCGCUGUCCUUGGACCUGGCUCUGGAGAAAGCACAAAAGAAGGUUUGCCGCCUGCUCCUGAAGGAGAUGCUGGCAGAACUCAAGCCUCUGUUCAAACAGCUCCCAUCCCAUCAGUGGUUGUCUGAGGAAUCCCAAUUGAUAAGCUGCAUCUGCACGGUGAUCGAGAAACACGCAAAACACUUCUGCAGAACUCGAGAGCCAAUCAGCACGUACCUUCUGUCAGAGACAGAGCAUCUGAUCCGGAGCCAGUACCUCAGGACCUUCUUGCAGAAGCGCAUGGUGUGCCAGCGCAUGGAGGAGAGGAGGCAGAUGGCCGGCCGGAUGUUGCAGGAUGCCUCCCAGUUCAAGGAGCUCUUCUGCAACUUGGGCCUGGAGGAGGACAAGCAGACCUUCACAGUGAUUGCUGACCUUCAGGAGCUCAUCAGUCUCAAAGACCACAGCAUCCUUAUUUUGGAAGUGCUGGGAUUUGUAUCCAAAUACCCCGACGUCAGCGAUGAUCACAUUUCCAUGCUCCUAGAUUUGCGCGGAGACAUCUCCAAAGAAACCCAUAACAACGUGCUGGAGGUCAUGGCGCAAAAUCCCCAAGUCCUGCCGGAGAACUACGAUCCCGUUUUCAGCAACAUCCUGGUUCCUGCUCCGGAGCCGCCCUUCUGUCUGGGCAGAUCCAAGUGCGCCUGAGCUCGCCUACAAGGCCGCCCUCAGGCCGCCGGCCAGGUGGUCUCUUCGUCUUGACCUCUGAGGCGGGAGUGAGAGCCUGCCCUCUUGAAUUUGGGAGGGCUAGAAAUCAGAGAGACGGUUCAGGAUACAUCGCCCACGCCUGGGGGUUGGAGGGAGGGAGGGAUGGGGUUUGUGGGGUGCUCACGCUCUGUGAUUUGGUGCAUUCAGAAAUGCUUCCUAUUGUAUCAAUGUUCUAUGAAAGGCUGACUGUGCCAUGGAUCCAAUGCAGACGCGAACGUGUUCUUCCUCCAUACAGGUUUCUUGGAUGCCAA